CAGAAAUGAAUCUGCGGAUCAAGAGCGUAUAUGGCAAGGAGUCCAUCUUCACCGUUUUGGGCACCGCCCUUGUCGUACUUCUUCCUUGGAGAGGCCUAUCCACCACUGGAGUUGUUGCCUGGAUUUCAGUCUUCCGGUUCGUCACCGGCAUGGGUGCAGGGGGAGGUGAGUUUCAUAUCCCCGAGUUGACAUAUCGGAGACCCUAAUGCCCGUGUCAAGACUAUCUCAUGGCUUCAGCACUUUCCGCCGAGCACAGUAUCGUGGGGACCAGAGCUCGACCAUACUGCUGAUAUUCUCAAAUAACUCUUUGGAGUCCAUGACGGCCAGCAUAGUCCUGGUGAUUCUCCUCGCCGCCUUCAAAGGUGCUAUUGCAAGGGACAUCAAUCACCUGGAAUGGGUGUGGCGCUUGCUUCUCGGACUGGGUAUCAUCCCGGCAGCAUGUACAUUAUAUGUUCGGUGGAGGAUUCAGGAGACAAAAGCUUACGGAGAAUGUGAGGACAACGAAUUUACUAUUACAGCACGAGCCACUGACAGACCUACAGAUGUCGUCAAAAGAUCCAGUGGCCGAAAUUACAUGGUCCAGGUCCGCGAAUUUCGCAAAUACUUCUCUGAUUGGAAGCAUGCCAGAGUGCCGUUUGCGACCACGGCUUCGUGGUUCCUUUAGUAAGCCGCAGCUCACAUGGGGAUGUUCAUUGCUGAUUCGUGAAUAGUGACAUCGCCUCUUACGGCAUCAGUCUGAACCAGAGCAUAGUCCUUGAAGACAUACGAUUUGCCGGCGGUAAGGACCCAUGACAAAACUCUGGAAGAUUGCCGUCGGCAAUACCAUUGUGCAGCUAGCCGUAAGCAAGCAGUC